CCUUUCUCCUUCCAUCUCCCGGAUCAGUGGACGUGCUCACCUCCGCUCCGGGCCAGGUCUAUGUCCCGGUUUCCUGCUGUCGCGGGCAGGGCGCCAAGGCUGCAGGAGGAGGGUGAGCGGUCAAGAGAUCUCCAGGAAGAACGGCCCUCGGCUGUUUCCAUCGUUGAUAGAGAAGAGAAAGGAUGCACAUCACAGGAAGGAGGAACUACUCCAACUUUUCCUAUUCAGAAACAAAGAAAAAAGCUUGUUCAAGCUGUGAGGGAAAAUUCUUUUCUUAUUGUUACUGGAAAUACAGGAAGUGGUAAAACAACUCAACUCCCAAAAUAUCUGUAUGAAGCAGGGUUUUCACAACAUGGUAUGAUUGGUGUGACUCAACCACGAAAAGUAGCUGCCAUAUCAGUUGCUCAGAGGGUUGCUGAGGAAAUGAAAUGCAUUUUGGGAUCCAAAGUAGGAUACCAAGUUCGUUUUGAUGACUGCAGCUCUAAGGAAACAGCAAUCAAAUAUAUGACUGAUGGAUGUUUACUGAAACAUAUUCUGGCAGAUCCAAAUCUUACCAAAUUUAGUGUCAUUAUUUUGGAUGAAGCCCAUGAGAGAACUCUAACUACAGACAUCUUAUUUGGUUUAUUGAAGAAGCUAUUUCAAGAGAAGUCUCCUAACAGGAAAGAGCAUUUGAAGGUGGUGGUGAUGUCAGCAACUAUGGAGUUAGCCAAGCUUUCUGCAUUCUUUGGAAAUUGCCCCAUAUUUGAUAUACCUGGAAGGCUUUAUCCAGUCAGAGAGAAAUUCUGCAAUUUGAUUGGCCCACGAGACAGAGAAAAUACUGCAUAUAUUCAAGCGAUUGUGAAAGUGGCCAUGGAUAUCCAUUUGAAUGAAAUGGCUGGAGACAUCUUGGUUUUUCUGACUGGCCAAUUUGAAAUCGAAAAAAGUUGUGAGUUACUUUUUCAGAUGGCAGAGUCUGUUGAUUAUGAUUAUGAUGUUCAAGAUACCACCCUAGAUGGCUUGCUAAUAUUGCCCUGUUAUGGAUCCAUGACAACAGAUCAACAGAGGAGAAUAUUUUUGCCACCUCCACCUGGAAUUAGGAAAUGUGUCAUAUCCACCAAUAUUUCUGCAACAUCUUUGACAAUAGAUGGAAUCAGAUAUGUGGUAGAUGGUGGCUUUGUGAAGCAGUUAAAUCAUAACCCGAGAUUAGGAUUGGACAUUUUAGAGGUGGUUCCAAUUUCAAAGAGUGAAGCGUUACAACGAAGUGGCCGAGCUGGGAGGACUUCCUCAGGAAAGUGCUUCCGGAUCUAUAGUAAGGAUUUUUGGAACCAGUGUAUGCCUGACCAUGUGAUCCCUGAGAUUAAGAGAACUAGUUUGACAUCUGUAGUUCUGACCUUAAAGUGCCUUGCCAUACACGAUGUUAUAAGGUUUCCCUAUUUGGAUCCACCUAAUGAGAGACUUAUUUUGGAGGCUCUUAAACAACUUUACCAGUGUGAUGCUAUUGACAGGAGUGGCCAUGUGACCAGAUUGGGUUUGUCUAUGGUGGAAUUUCCUCUCCCUCCACAUCUGACAUGUGCAGUAAUAAAAGCUGCUUCCCUGGAUUGUGAAGAUCUGCUACUUCCAAUAGCAGCAAUGUUGUCUGUGGAAAAUGUUUUUAUUAGACCUGUUGAUCCAGAGUACCAGAAGGAAGCAGAACAGAGACAUCGAGAAUUGGCAGCUAAAGCUGGAGGAUUUAAUGAUUUUGCAACUUUAGCUGUCAUCUUUGAACAAUGCAAAUCAAGUGGAGCUCCAGCUUCCUGGUGCCAAAAACAUUGGAUUCAUUGGAGGUGCUUAUUUUCUGCAUUUCGUGUGGAAGCUCAACUUCGAGAACUAAUCAGGAAACUUAAACAGCAGAGUGAUUUCCCAAGAGAGACAUUUGAAGGCCCUAAACACGAAGUACUGCGAAGAUGUCUUUGUGCAGGCUAUUUCAAAAACGUAGCUCGAAGAUCUGUUGGAAGAACGUUUUGCACAAUGGAUGGGCGUGGAAGCCCAGUUCAUAUUCAUCCUUCCUCGGCUCUUCAUGAACAGGAAACCAAACUUGAAUGGAUCAUUUUUCAUGAAGUAUUAGUUACCACCAAAGUCUACGCAAGAAUUGUGUGUCCAAUUCGUUAUGAAUGGGUGAGAGACUUGUUACCCAAGCUGCAUGAAUUUAAUGCACAUGAUCUGAGUAGUGUGGCCCGACGUGAAGUGAGAGAAGAUGCAAGAAGAAAAUGGACUAAUAAGGAAAAUGUAAAGCAGCUAAAGGAUGGAAUAUCAAAAGAAGUCCUGAAGAAAAUGCAAAGAAGAAAUGAUGAUAAAUCCAUAUCAGAUGCACGUGCUCGUUUCCUUGAGAGAAAGCAGCAGAGAACCCAAGACCACAGUGACAAACUGAAGGAAACAGGCUAAGGAGUGAACCCUCUGAUUCAGGAAGAAGGAAAAACAGCCAGGAAAUGUGCUUCUACCUUGCCAGUUAUUCCAUUCAGAACAACCAAGAGGAGGUGGUCAGCAGCUGUUAUUAGUCUAUGAGCUAAAAAAAAUCAAAGCCUGUCAAUACUGAUAAGGGAAUUUUCAAAGAAAAGACUGGAUUUCCACAGUUGUAAGCAGUGAUAUAUGAAACCAAUGUAAGACGUGGUAAUUUCCUGACUUCAGUUUUGCUGGCCUUAACUGGUAUCAAACACUGAUGACAUAUUUUCAGAGGACAUUGAAUUGUAUUUAAUCAGCGUGUAUUCCAUUUGCAUUACAGCAUUAAAAAUUAUAUUCCUUAAAUCUCUUUAAGGCCUUCUUGUUGCUAUUAGAAUAGUGUUAUAUCAGGUAUGUGAUCAUUUCUUUCAGAAGGCUGAACAUAAGAGGUUUUUAUUCAGCAAUACUUAGAUGUUUAACAGUUUAAUUGCUACAGAGCUUUAUAGAUAUUUAGAGAAAGGACUUAAUCAGUAAAUAAAAUUGCCUAUGGCAGGAUUCUUUCUUAAUAUUAAUGCUUAAGUUGAUUUUUCUGGGAUUAUACAAAUUCCUUUUUAUAUAAAAGUAUAUUGUUUAAAACAGUAGCUAUAGCCAUUAACCAAAGGACAGAUGGUAUAUAUAUAUCCUUUUUUAGCUGUACCUACAUGCCUUGUAUCAGCAUCAUGUAUGUAGAUGUGACAGUGCUUUCAAACAGCUCCUUCACCUGGCCUACUCUCUGGCUUACAGUUGCUUGAGUAGGUCUGUUUAAACAUUGAUCAUGCUAAUCUUGAGAUGGGAUUUUCAAAGUGGCCAACACUGUAUCACCAGUUUUUCAAAUUGGAACCUUGAGUCUAGUUAGUACUAUACUCAGGCCACACUCCGUACUUGCCCACUCUUGUUUACUGCUUUUUAUUCUACUUAUUUGUGUAUUUUGUCUAUCUCCCUGGUUAGAUUAUAUGCUCCUUGUGGGCAGGAACUAUGUCUUCUUCAUUUUUGUAUCUUUCAUGGCACCUAGCAAAGUGCUUUGCACAUAUUAGUCACUCAGUGUUUGUUAAAUAAAGCUAUUAGUGUCAUUAAAAUUCAAAAGGCAGUAUAAUGUGUGUUUUUAGAUUUUUUUAAUUAAAAUUGAGACUCUAAAUUUUUUUAUAGGUAACUAACUCUUUUCCAGUUAUUUCCUUUGGCAUCUAAACAGUUUUCUGUUCACUAUUAGAAACUUGAAGGUUUUAUUGAAAAAUCUCAUGAGGACCCAAACCCAUGUGUUUUUUCUUGAAGUAAGGUGAGUAGUGAUGGUUUCUCUGACCUUUCCAGUGUUAUUAAUUUGUUCUUUUUUAUCUUCUGCACUUUCAGAACUGUUUCAGCACAUAAGUCAUUUACUCCUAUCAGUUUCUCCUCUCAAGUAUAUUUAUCAGUGCACUUCCUUAGAUACACUUCCUUAGAUCAAUACACUUCCUUAGAGGGCAGUGUGGAUUCUUUUAAUUCAGUAAACAUUUAUUAAGUAUGCAUUCUAAAUCUACGGUCAGUGCCUAUUCACAUUUUGUCCAGUUGUCCUAAUAAUGUCCUUUAUAGCAUUUUUCCCCAGUGAAGGAUCCAUGUAUACAUGUAUAUUGUAUAUCUCUGUUAAUCUGUAAGAGGUCCUCAGUCUUUUUUUUUUGGUCUUUCACAGCAUUAACAUUUUGAAUAAUUACUAGCCAGUUACUUUAUAGAGUGUCCUCAAUUUGAGUUUCUCUUAUGUUUCCUCAUGAUCAUGUAUUUUUGACUGCAAUAUUGCAUAAGUGAUGGAAAGUCUUUCUUAGGGUGUCACAUCCGGAGGUAUGGUACAUGGUAUGUAUUUGCCCCUUAUUGGUGAUAUUAGUUUUGAUUGGUUGGUUGGGAUGUUUCUCAGUUUCUCCAGCUUAGUUAUUCUCACAAUUAAUAAUUAAUUUGGGGGGUUGCUUUGAGAUUAUGUAAAUUUCCCAUUCCUUAUAAAAUAUGAUCCUCUCUAUUUAGCCUCAAUUGAUGAUUCUUGCCUGAGUUGUUUUUUUUUCUUAUGGUUGCAAAAUGUGGCUUUUUCCCCAACUCCUUUCCAUAUCUAUUUGUUGACAUUAUAUUGUAAGUUAGAGCUUUCCUUGAAGGUUUAUUUCUGAUAAGCAGAUGGGUGUUAGGAACAGCAUGAAUCAACACAGAGAAGAAGAAACCCCAGGGAGUAUUUGAGAAGAAUGACAAAGAGUCCAGCUUAUUUGGUGCAUAGAAUAUAUAUAGUAGAGUACUAACCUGAAAUUAUUGCUUGAGCUCAGAUUACGGAAGGCUUUGGAAGUCAAACUAUGGAGUUUGGAAUUACUUUUUAGGAUAAGUGGAUUUGCUGGAGGGGAAUGAUAUCAUUUUUAUAGGUUUGAGAUAAUUUGGACAAUGCUGUUGAUAAGAAUUGAUUUCCAUUGAAGAGGACUGUUAGAGAAGUGCUAACAAAGGAAUGCUGGAUCUAAUUAAAGCAAGUAGAAGGAAUCUUUGAGGAAAGGUGGUGGAAGAGUUUGCUUUUAAGAGUGGGGAUUUGCCUGCAAAUUACUAAACAAAACAAAACAAAAAACGAAAAGAUAAAUGUUAGAGAACUCGGCGAGGGACAUAGUCAACCAUUUCAUAAAAGAAGAGACAUGAAUGGCUAAUAAAUAAGAGAUGAUAGGGAACCUUACCAUUAAUUAGGAAAAUGCACAUGAAAGUAACAGUGAAAUGCCAUUUUUGUUCCUCAUAAAAUUUGACCCCUCUAGAUUUAGCAUAAAUUGAUGAUUGAUGUUAAAUAUAUUAAAAUGUUAAAUACAGCAUUGUUUCUUAUAGUAAAUAUUGAAAACAGUAUAAAUACCUGAAAAUAGUUGUCUAAUUGGAUAUGUUCUCAGGGUCAAAUUCUAUAUAGUAGUGAAAAUGAUUUUUAAGACUCUUGAUGCGUAUUUCAAAAUGCUUUGCAGAAUGGAUGAACCCAUUCACAUUUCUACCAGCAAAGAAGUGCCUGUCUUAAUAUACCCUUGUUAUCAUCCAUCAUAAAUAUUCUAAUUAUAAACAAAAAAGGUUCUUCAUUGUUAUGCUACUUUGUAUAUUUAGUUAUUCAACACUUUUUCCAUAUGUUCAAACUGUCCACAGGAAAUUACAAUAAAAUUAUCUGAUUGAAUUUGAUAAGGGCAGAUAGUUAAUAUUUUAGGAUUUUGGUCCAUAAAAUCUCUGCUGCAGUUUUCAUCUCUGCUGUUGUAGCAUGAAGUAGCCAUGGACAAUACAUAAAUGUAUGAAUGUGACUGUUUCAAUAAAACUUUAUUCAUGGACACCAAAAUUAGAAUUUCAUAUAAUUUUCAUGUGUCAGGAAAUAUUGUGACUGUUUUCUUCAACCUUUAUAAAUGUAAAAGCCAUUUUAAGCUUGGGCUGUUAUUUGCCUAAUAUUGGGCAACUGGGCUAAUAUAUGGGCUGUUCACCCCAUUUAGACCUAAAAAUUUCACUUUUUUAACACUCACACUGGAACCCAGAAAAGCUACUUUAACAUAUCCAUUUUAAUGUAAAUGGUCAUUUCAUUUGCAAAAGAGUUCUUAAUUUAAUAAAAUGUCUGAGAUUUUU